AUGGAUUUGCUACGCCUUGGCGCCCAAGCGCGCAAAACAGGGUGGAAGCCUCGGGAAAAUGUCGCCAAAGACAAAUACAACAUGGACGAUCUCGACGACUUUUUCAACGACUCCACUGCGCCGGAAAACAGCGAUUCAGCGCACCCUGCGAGACCGAUCAAAACCUCCAAGCAAGAUGCUGUGCUGGCGUCUCGGAGAACGUUGGGCGUGGGAAGAAGGCGGCCCAAGCAGCAACGGCCAGAAACGAGGCCCCGGUCUGUACUUCCACCGAGAGAGAGGACGAAAACGCCGGAGAAAAAACAAACGACAAAAGAGACUUUCGACUUUGACAUUCUGGACGACGAGUUGCACGAUAGCAUGACGCUCUCGCCAAUCCCGCUCCUGUCCUUGACGAAACACGAGGCAGAGAAACCAGUCGCUACAGAUCUCAAAGCAGGAAAGGAACUGUCAGAACAGUCAGACCUGGACUAUGGUUACAAUGCCACUGACUUUGAUCCCCCAGAUCCUUCCCAACUUGAAGAUCCUUCUCACUUUGACGAUCCUUCCCAACUUGACGAGCCGUCCGAUCCAUCUCAGUUUGAUGACCCAUCGCAGUUUGACGAUAAUCAAGAUGAAAAAGAAAGCACAGCUGAGCCUGUGGAAACUUCUCGACCAAGAAAAAGCUUAUCUGCUCUUACGAAAAACAUGGCACUUAAGCGCCAGAAGCGCAGAAGCGCUCCAGAAAGGGACGCGGAUGAUGGUUCUCUGGAACCAGAACCAGAACUCCCUUCAAGUGACGGCGACGACACUUUUGACUCAGACUUUAAUGACACACAGCCUUCACAAAGCACGCAGAGUACCUACAAAUCGUCACAACCCAACGAGGUAAUUGUGCAGCCGUCUCCUCUUCCCUCUCCACCACCAGAAGGCCUUCGAAGAUCGAAGAGGACGAAAAUUGCCCCGUUGGCAUACUGGCGCAAUGAGCGCAUUGUGUAUUCGCGGGCGAACGAAGCAAACGGCGACCCGGACAGCACGCUUAUAAGCGACAUCCGCAAAGUUCCCCUUCAAGAAAUUCGGGAGGUAGUCCACAUUCCAGAGCCACAAAAGAAAAAGAUUCCAGCGCGCCGUGGCCGUCCUCCUAAAAACGGAACAGCUACCAGGGGAAGGAAACCAAAGCCCAAGCCAGAGACGUACGAUUACGAGUCAGACCCGGAAAUCGAGGGCUCUGAGUGGUUCAAGAAAAAAUCGUUGGAGGCUGAGGUAUUCUUGAGCGAAGAUACAAAAGUCGAGAGAGUCGUAGCGUGGACGCCAGAUGGAGGAGAGUUCCAACAACCACCUCCAUCUAAUAAGGGCCUGCAAGUGGUGGAAAACUUCAAAGUUGCCCCGCUUUUCGACGCCGAUUCCGAUAUGAUAGCGGCUGGUCUUUUGGAGUUUCCAGUGGAGGGAUUUAAAAGUCUACGAACAGCCGGCGAGUCGCUGUUUAUAUUCCACGUGGCUAAAGGAUUAGUGGAGGUGACGUUGAAUUCGGAAAAAUUCGUCGUCACUCGAGGAUGUUCUUUUGAGGUGCCCAAGCUCAACAUCUACAGUCUAAAGAAUAUCGGGCAAGUUACUGCGAGAUUAUUUUUCGUGCAAUGCCAGCUUGGCACAGCAGAGAAAUAA